CAGGGCAGCCAGGGGCCGCUUCUGGGCUAUCGUCCUGGCAGCAGCGGCGGGGUUCUUCCUCCUCGGGUUCCUCAUCGGCUGGUUUGCAAAACCUACAGAAAAGAAGACAUCUGUGAGUCCUCAUGAGGACAUGAAGGCGGCAUUUAUGGCUGAAAUGAAAGCUGAAAACAUCAAGCAGUUUCUUUACAAUUUUACACAGCUUCCUCACCUAGCAGGAACAAAGGAGAAUCUGCAUCUGGCACAGCAAGUCCAAGCUGAGUGGAAGGAGUUUGGUUUAGAUUCUGUUCAGUUGGUUCAUUAUGAUGUCUUGCUCUCUUACCCUGAUGACACAAAGCCCAACUACAUCUCAGUAAUUGAUGAGCAUGGAAAUGAGAUUUUCAACACAUCAUUAUCUGAGCCUCCUCCUCCAGGAUAUGAGGCUGUUAGAGACGUGGUGCCACCCUACAGUGCAUUUUCAGCCCAAGGAAUGCCUGAGGGUGAGCUAGUGUAUGUGAAUUAUGGCCGCACCGAGGACUUCUUUAAGCUAGAACGUGAAAUGGGAAUUAACUGUACAGGAAAGAUUGUUAUUGCCAGAUAUGGAAAGAUCUUCAGAGGAAAUAAGGUGAAGAAUGCUGAACUGGCAGGUGCCAAGGGAAUUAUUCUGUACUCUGACCCUGCUGACUACUGCGCCCCAGGAGUAGAUCCCUACCCAAAUGGCUGGAACCUUCCAGGUGGAGGAGCCCAGCGUGGAAAUGUAUUAAACCUGAAUGGGGCAGGGGAUCCUCUGACACCAGGUUAUCCUGCAAAAGAAUAUACCUACCGAUUAGACAAAGCCAGUGGUGUAGGUCUCCCAAAAAUUCCAGUUCAUCCCAUUGGCUAUCAUGAUGCUGAGUCAUUACUGCGUGAUAUGGGAGGAUAUGCGCCACCACUUAGUAGCUGGAAAGGAAAUUUGAAUGUAUCUUACAACGUUGGUCCGGGUUUCACAACAAAUUAUUCUACAAGAAAGGUGAAAAUGCACAUUCAUAGCAACAAUGAAAUAAGAAGGAUUUACAAUGUGAUUGGUACCAUCAGAGGCACAGUGGAACCAGACAGAUAUGUCAUCCUGGGAGGACACCGUGACUCAUGGGUAUUUGGUGGCAUUGAUCCUCAGAGUGGGGCAGCUGUGGUUCACGAGAUUGUGAGGAGCUUUGGAAAACUGAAAAGGAAAGGAUGGAGGCCAAGGAGAACAGUGAUAUUUGCAAGCUGGGAUGCAGAGGAAUUUGGCUUGUUAGGAUCGACAGAGUGGGCUGAGGAAAAUGCCAAAGUAUUACAAGCGCGGGGAGUGGCUUAUAUCAAUGCAGAUUCCUCCAUCGAAGGAAACUACACACUACGAGUGGAUUGCACACCACUGAUGUACAGACUGGUGUACAGUAUGACUAAAGAGAUACCAAGUCCUGAUGAGGGGUUUGAAGGAAAAUCUCUUUAUGAGAGCUGGUAUAAAAAAAAUCCAUCAAGAGAAUAUAAAGACGUCCCCAGAAUAAAUAAACUGGGUUCUGGCAAUGACUUUGAAGUCUUUUUUCAACGUCUUGGCAUCGCUUCAGGCAGAGCACGUUACAGUAAAAAUUUGAAUGUAGAAAAAUAUAGCAGCUAUCCAGUUUACCACAGUGUCUAUGAAACUUACGAAAUUGUGGAGAGGUUUUAUGAUCCCACUUUCAAGAAUCAUCUGACAGUAGCUAAGGUACGGGGAGGGCUGGUGUUUGAAUUGGCCAACUCCGUUGUGCUUCCUUUCGACUGCAGAGAUUAUGCAUCAGCUGUGAGCAACUAUGCUCACAUAAUCUAUAAUUUGUCAAGGAAUCAUGAAGAGGAACUGGCAACAUACAAUGUAUCCUUUGAUGCUCUCUUUUCAGCUGUGAAGAAUUUUACAGAAGUUGCUGCUAGCUUUCAUGAGAGACUGCAACAAAUAGAUAUCAAUAACCUACUUGCUGUCAGAUCACUAAAUGAUCAGCUCAUGUUUCUAGAAAGGGCUUUCAUCGAUCCUCUUGGAUUACCUGGCAGGCCAUUCUAUAGACAUGUUAUCUUUGCUCCAAGCAGCCAUAACAAGUAUGCAGGAGAGUCAUUCCCAGGGAUCUAUGAUGCCAUGUUUGAUAUUGAAAGCAAAGCAGAUCAGCAUGAAGCCUGGGAAGAAGUGAAGAGGCAGAUUUCCAUUGCAGCCUUCACUGUACAGGCAGCAGCAGAAACAUUGAAAGAAGUAGCAUAAAUAUCAACAACAUAAUCAUCAAUGAAGACUACAUAUGACAGUUUUCAGAAGCCUUAAAACCGGAGCAUUUAAAAACACUUGGAGGAUUAUUACGAAGGACAUAAAAUAAAAGAAAUCUUCUUCUUUACAAAUAAUAUACCCAAGUGGAAUGCAUUUAGCAAUGUUAACAAGGUAAUGUACUCCAUUUGGAGAGCUCAGGCUUUAGAUAUCUUCUGAAGUGAGAGUGAAAAAGUUUCAUGUUUUCUCUCAGCAUCAUAUUUUAAGAAUUGCUAACCACUGGAUUUAUUUUCAGAGCUUUGAAUUUUGCUAGCUUGAUUA